AUCCCUCAUUUUUGGAUUGCCAGACUCAACAUUCGUUAACUUCGGGUUUGAUCUUUUUGGUGGUCAUCCUUACUGUCUUUUCAAAGUCAUUCGUUUCUGUACGAUUUAUGAGAUCUGGAGAAGAAAGAAAAAGAAGAAGAAAAAAAAGCAGAAAAAAACACGGAAUAAUAAAGACACGCGAUUACGCUGUACCAUUCACUCUAUUCUUGAACCCACGCCGUUUUGAUAUUAUCCACUUUAUUCGAUAGAGAUGAUGAGGUUUAUGAAGACUUUCCUGGCGCGGCUGUUCUUCGCUACCAGCCUCUUGCGACUUGUUGUCGGGACUGACAAUGGCACCAUUGCCAAAGAUCCCCCCGGUCCACCCAGUUGUGCCUCUCGCUGUAUGGUCGACAGUAUGUUCGUGACCCAAUGUCUUGACACUAGAUGUCUUUGCAAUCAGAAAGACUAUCAGAGGUCCCUAUUCCAGUGUCUCUACUCCCAGUGCGACUCGAACAACUACGGCGCUGCUCUAAGCCACUCCAUCUCUCUCUGCAUGAGCCUCGGUGCCGAGAUCUACAUGGUAGCACCGGGACGAGUGGACAGCGAGCUCCUGCGUUCUCGAGAAGAUGACUAUCUUGCUGGCCGCGAAGUCGCAGAUGUGCCUAGUCUCCACCUGCGACAAGAGAGCAUUGGCGGUCAGGCUUUGACGACCACCGUCACGACCACUGUCACGGCUUAUAUCACCGUGUCUUACUCGCCUGUCACUUACUACCCUAGUCCUACCCUAUCGGCAUUCCUCGAGUCUAGUGAGGCAGCGGAAGUCACUGCCACCUCGGCGACUCGACCCUGGGUAAUUCCUGUAUCCCAGGCUGUUCGUUCGAACCCCUCCUUCUUCGGACUGGUGUUGUGGAUAGCAAUGGUGCUUACGCUGGAUUACCAGAUGAACGGUUACGGUUACUAGAAUUAGGAGAGCAUUUCCACUGCAGAUUUAGAAUAGCUGCGACAUGCCCACACUAUUAGAAAAGGGGGGUAGAUGUUAAUAGGAUGCAAGUAAUGAUAUUAAUUCAGCAAUCCAACGGUAAUCGUAUAAACUAUUAAUAUUAACAUAACGUUCUUUGCUUCUUUGCUUGUCUUAUCUGUAGAGUCUUCAUGGACGACAUGUAGCACAUAUGAUCCAUUCUCUUAUGUUUUUGAGCCACGGGUAACCUUUCAAACAACAUAGUUCUGGGCCGUAGCAUAGGGUCACAUGACCCGU